ACAACUGUAACAAAUUCAACACCUAUUGCUACAACACAUCCAAACACCACAACACCCACAUCAUCACCAACAUCUGCGGUUACCAACUCAACAAUAGUUGCUACAACAGGUGUGAACACAACAACAGUUACUACAACACCAACAACUGUAACAAAUUCAACACCUAUUGCUACAACACAUCCAAACACCACAACACCCACGACGUCACCAACAUCUGCAGUUACUAAGUUAACAACAGUUGCUACAACAGGCGUGACCACAACAACAGCUACUACAACACCAACAACUGUAACAAAUUCAACACCUAUUUCUACAACACAUCUGAACACCACAACACCUUUAACUUCAGCAACAACCGCAGUUACCGUAUUCCAAGUGGCGAUGUCAAUGGAACUAGACAAGCAAUUCACAGCCACAUUAAAUGAUGCAACAAGUUCUGAAUACAAGAAUCUUAAAUCAAGCAUUGAGUCAGUGUUAAAUGAGCAGUAUAAAGUAAUCACAGGGUUUAUCGGUGUUUCUGUUAACAGAUUCAGAGAAGGAAGUAUAAUUACAGACUUUGUUGUUCAGGCAACACAAGUUAAGCCGACUGAAGUGGCUGAAGUAAAUAAAAAUAUCCCUGAUGCAAUGAAGUCUAUUGCCAUAGUCAUUGGUUCAAUUACUGCAUAUUACAACAGUCAAACUCCAAUCAGCAUACCCCAGAUCACGUAUACUGGUACAAGCAUGACGCUGACAUGUGGGCCUCCGGAGAUUAAUGUGGGACAAAUUAAUGGUUCUGAGUGGACAUUAAAUCAAGGGGAAAUUACAGAAAGUGCAAGAAUUAAAGUAAAUACUUCUGGCAUGGUGUCUAUGCUUACAGUUGACAACGUCAUUCUUGCUGAUAUUGGAAUUUACGAAUGUACUCUAAUAGGCAAAGUCAUUAAUUUCACCCAAAAAGGAGAUACAACGAAUAAAAUCCAACAAGCUCCCAUUGUACAACUACAGAGUAAUCUUAACGUUUAUUGUAAUGGGACAGAAGGACAGAAACAACCACUUGAGUGUUGCGUGCAGUCCCCCUAUACGGUCACGUGGUUUAGCUCAGCUAAUGAACAAUUAAGUUCCACUAUAGAUUCCAAUAGUGAAGAAACCUGCAUCACGUAUGAUUACGUGCUUGGGAGCUGCAGUGAAUUACAUAAAAUAAAUUUAGUUUGUAAAGUAGAUAAUCCAAAGGAUUAUAAUAAAACAACAGUAAUGAACAUUUUCACACAAGUUCCAACAUGUGUUGGUACUCCGUAUGGGUCUGGACAAGUAGGCGACAUAUCACGCAUAGGAUGUGAUGUAGGUCAGGACGGGAGCAGGACUGCGGUCUGUCAGCAAACAGGGUGGAUGCUUUUGCAGGACACCUGCAUCAUAACAGCAAUCAACAAUUUGUUCAUUGUUUCAACGAAUUUGAAGGAGGCUCAAGUACCAGUCUUUGUGACAAAUCUAAGUAGCACGGUCCAAAAAGUAAAAGACAAAAUAGCAACGUCAUCUGCAACCAUAUCAGCUAUCGUUGACAUCCUAAACAACAUUGCAAGUGUUUCCACUGGUGUUGUCACUGCAUCUGUCAUUGAGAAUGUACUUGAAACAGUUGAUGUCAUCAUUGGUAGUGAAUCAAGACAGUCCUGGACAUUUCUGAAUGCAAAUAGAACUGGCAAUGCAAGCUCAGCACUACUGGGUUCAAUGGAGUCCCUGUCUGAGAGGUUGGUAGGGGAGAUUGCCUUCGAGACUCCACGGAUCUCGCUCAACAGAACCACUACGUUUAACAACUCCUUCGCGGCCAAUCUGAACAACAGCAUUUCCAUACAUGUUCCAAACAUCAACAAUAACGUCUCUUUCACCACCAUCACCUUCUCCACCCUUAAUAAUGUUAUGCCAGCACGGAACUCCAGCUUUGACGCCAACCUCUUCAACACCACCAGCAAUUACACUGUUACAGAUAAUGCAAUAAAUGCUGCUGUGGUGCUAGUCAAAACAAAUGCAAUGGUUCAGAAUGUUACUCUGAGCUUCAACAAGCUUAACAGUUCGCUAUUACUAAACCCACAGUGUGUCUUCUGGAACUUCACACUCUUAAAUAAUUUGGGGGUUUGGGAUGAUGAGGGUUGUACGUUUGUUUCCGAUAUAAACAACAUUGUAACCUGCAGCUGCAACCAUCUCACCUCAUUCUCAAUUCUGAUGGCAACAGACAUCCCUCGAGACCUGAGGGAAGCCUUGGAUAUAAUCACUUAUAUUGGAGUUGGGAUAUCUCUGGCAAGCUUAGUUAUAUGUCUCAUUAUCGAAGGAUACGUGUGGAAAGACAUGACUAGAAAUAGCACUUCCUUCAUGCGCCAUGUUUCCAUCAUUAACACUGCCCUGUCUCUGUUGAUCGCUGACAUCUGUUUCAUCAUCGGGGCCUCUAUUGCCAAGAACCCCCUUGAAAACCCAGUUCCAGUUGGACCAUGCAGCACAGCAACAUUUUUUAUGCACUUUUUCUACCUUGCUCUGUUUUUUUGGAUGCUUGUGUCGGGCCUUCUGCUCUUUUACCGCACGGUCAUGGUCUUCUCCCACAUGUCCAAGUCAACCAUGUUGGCCAUUGGCUUCUUAUUAGGCUACGGGUGCCCUCUGAUUAUAGCUGUUAUUACUGUUGCUGUCACAGCACCAGGGAAUGGAUACAUCAGGGCAGACGAUGCUUGCUGGCUCAACUGGAUCCAGACACAUGCUUUGCUGGCCUUAGUGGUACCUGCCUUGACUAUCAUUUUCAUCAACAUUAUAAUUGUGAUCGUGGUAUUAUUCAAAAUGCUGAGAAGAGGUGUAGGAGACGCCACCCAAAGAGAUGAAAAGCAAACGCUGGUGGUCAUUGUCAGGUGUUUAGCCAUUUUGACUCCUUUAUUUGGACUGACCUGGGCUUUGGGAGUGGGAACCACGAUAUCGUCAACAAAUAAGGGAAUCCACAUUGCUUUUGCAUUCUUCAAUUCACUACAGGGUUUCUUCAUUUUAGUGUUUGGGACACUAUUCGAUUCAAAGAUCCGUUCUAUCCUCUCAAGAAAAUUACCUACAGCAAGCACAGGCUCAAAUACAACAAGAAGUACAAGUGGAGGCAUUUCCUCUCUCCGUGGCCUAAACUGGAUAAAUCAACUGCGUGGAAGAAGAUAUAUGUAUCGUGUGUCAGAAGCUGCAAACUCAAGCAGCACUGGUGCAUCGGAGUCAUUUGUCAAUAUCUGAAUUCACACAUCAAACUGUACACAUACAAUUUAUUUAAUUACUGAUUCAAAAGAUCUGGUCAUUGUAUCACUGUUAUUGUAAGAUUAUUCACUAAAAAAUCAGAAAGUGAAGAAAUUUAAAAGCUUACUGGGAUGAUAUUGUAAAAGCUUUUAAUUCAUUUAAAUCAGAAGAAAAUGGUGUGGUUCGAAAUAAACAGCAUUGCAAAAUGAUUGCAUGGUAAUGUUACUGUUCCCGUUUGUGUAAUGAGAAGCUCUAGGAAAGCAAGUGAGACAUAUCUGAAAAAGUUUAGAUAUACUAUAUUGUGAAUGUAACUGAAAUGUAUUUUUUUAAACGUUGAUGCAGCAUGAAGCAACUGUUUCUGAUUCUUAAAUGUGAAGUCCAUUGCUGCUUUGUUAGCCAACAACUUAAGCAACUUAUAAUUAACGAAUGUCGUAGAAGUAGAUCCUGAAUUACUCUGGAUCAAUGACUCAAUUACCGAAGUUAUAAUACGGAUAUUUGGUUGGUGGCUCUCAGCAUCAGAUGCCGAUGCAAAGGGCACCCUUUAGCAUCUCUAUGGGGGGCGAUGGGCAUAGCAGCAGCUCGACCACAGCGCUGUGGGAUUACGUAGUAUGAAGAGCGACAACCGUAGCGAGUAGUAUCAAAAAAACAGGACUUUCACCCAGGAGACUGGGGUUUGUGUCCUGUUCUUGUCCCACGUGUCCCUUAAAUGAACAUUUUGUAACCCCACCCACAAUCUUUUCUCAUCCUUACUGUCUCAUUCUUGUCCCUUCUGUGACUUGAACAUACUUUUUUUUUAAACACACCUUUGCUCUUUUCCUUACCCUAACUUUACCCUGCAUGUAAAAAAAUGAAGCCAAGGUGUAUCGACCCAAAGCGUGAAUGCCAAAAAAAGUGACAUCAAGGGUCGUAAAUGACACCAAGGAGGUAGGGGGUAACCAGAGCGUCAUAUAUCGCUGCGGAUGGGAUUACAUUGGAAUAAAUUGAAAGCCCCCUGCGUCUGACUGAGAUGCUCCACUGACCAAGCAUUGGUUUUUGACGCGCUGAGAGUGUUGUACAAGUCGAUCCUGAAUAACUCUGAAUCAAUGACUCAAAUAUCAAAUGUAUGUAAUCGUAAAAUAUUUUUACGUAAACUUAAGUCCUGACUAGUUAUUAGGUUUCUCGUGAUUACCUUACAUUACCUACCAUGCCUAUGUCCCCUUAAGUAAGUAGAACAUCUUACUUCCUAUCUGAAAAGUAGCUAAUAAGGAUUUAUCACUAAUACCACUAUUUAAUGGAAGGCUGAAAUCUAUAACUUAUUUUAGGGACAAAAUGUAUUGUGUGAUAUAUUCUCCGUAUGGAUGUACAUUGCUUGAAAAGCACUGUCAGUUAACUGCUUUGCACUAUACCAAAAUCAGCCUAUAAGUUUGUAGCAGGAAAUCACGUUUGCACAAUCAGUCUGUAAGUUUGUACCAGAAAAUCUAGUUUGCACAUUGGUAUGGAAAGGUAAAUUGAGUCUUGGUAGUAGUGUAGCUCAAUAAUGUAUGUUAGCUUAGUAGUGGCAAUGUGUAAUUUCACAAGUAUUGCCAUCAUUGUAGUGAAUGUGAAUGAACAGUGGCAUUUACAUUUUGUUUUAGUUUUAAUUGUUGUAUUUUUUGAGUUAUAAAUUUUAGGAUGUGUUUUUACUUUAUAACAUGCAAGAUAACACGCAACACAUUGCUAACUCUGUUAAAACACAAAACCAUUUGAUUACCGAUAGUCGCCGAUUAUUUAUAGCAUUAUCACAUAUGAAAUUAUCUUUUGUCUUGCACAUGUUCAAUGACUAUUUGGCUGUAAUAAAUGUUUUUAUUUGACUCUA